CGUUGCUUUCUCUGCUCCUAUCUUUUCGCGGAGGCUGGCUGUCCACAAUCCGCCUUCCUUGCGUGUUCUCUCCGCCACGUCGUAUACUCGAGUCCGAUGAGUAACGUUAGCUAACUCGGCUAACGUUACUGUUCUGUCUACUACUCUGGUCAUGAGAAGCUGCUUUUGUCUAAGACGGAGGAAGAAGGUAUCGAAAAGAAGGCUGUCCGAGAUGCCAGAGGUGCGGGAACUGAACGAUGCCCUCCUGGAGCUGCCCAUGGACCCCAUCACGGGAGUGGGGGUGGUGGCGUCUCGAAACAGGGCGCCCACCGGCUACGAAGUGGUUUCACAAACAACAGAUGGCGUCGACGCCGACCUGUGGAAGGACGGUUUAUUCAAAUCCAAGGUCACGCGCUAUCUCUGCUUUACCAGGGCCUUCGCUAAGGAAAACAGCCAUUUAGGAAACGUCCUGGUGGACAUGAGGCUAAUCGACAUGAAGGACACCCUGCCUGUGGGCUUCAUCCCCAUCCAUGAAACUGUGGACACGCAGGAGCCUGCUUUCCGGAAGAGGAGGCUCUGCAUUAAGUUCAUCCCACGAGACUCCACCGAGGCGGCCAUCUGCGACGUCCGGAUCAUGGCGCGGUCCAAGCAGGCUCCGCCGCAAUACACCUUCAUCGGUGAGAUGAACAGCAUGGCAAUCUGGUACAGGAUGGGAAAAGUCCCACAGUCAGAAGAGCCCUCCCAGAAUCAGACCCUCCCGGAGUCGGACACCUCCACGCCGGGCGGCCACCUCGCCUCCACGACCCCCACGCGCACUCCUGCCCUGCCCAAGAACAUAUCCAUGACUCUGCCGGCCAGCUUCAGCCGGAAGAACAGCACCAGGCCCGACUUCGAGCAUCAGAACUCCAACCUGUACGCCAUCUCAGCCAUGGACGGGGUGCCAUUCACCGUCUCGGAGAAGUUUGCCUGGGCAUCCGACAUGCAGCAAGUGGAUUUAAUGGGCAUCACCAUCAAAUCGCUGGCCGAGAUCGAGAAGGAAUACGAGUACAGCUUCCGCACGGAGCACAGCGCAGCGGCCCGCCUGCCCCCCAGCCCCACACGGAGCCAGCCCAGCUCUGAGUCCUGAGGUCAGCGUGCUCAGGGGGAGCGGGGCGGCAGAGGCAUGCUGGGAAGUGAAGUCAUACUACUGAGACUCGGGCGAGAGGGGCGACCACCUCUGCCGCUCGCGCUUUCCCCUCCACGAACAAACAAGCCAACCCACAAACCACUGCGGACCUGCCCCUGCACGUCUGGACCGUUCACGUCAUACUCAUCAUGCUGGAACACACAGAAAUAACUGUAAGCGUGCCAUCGCUCAUGGUUGGUAUUUUUAUUUAUCUGUCAUCGGAAAAAGGUUUUAGCUGUCCGUGUUGUCUGUCUCAAAAGAAUAUAGGAAAUGGCUAAUAGAGUGGGAUUGUUUCUUGUGUCGAGAAAUAGGCAUGAAGUCCUCUUGCGGGAAUGGAGGCAACGAAUAGUCUUUCUAGUUGUGGUUCAGUUUUUUUUUUUUGUGUGUUUUUUUAUUUUAUUUUCUCCUUUGUUAUUUUCCGUAAUUUCUGGGAUCUCCAAUCACCCUUACCUGACGUGACUGAACACUACACGUCCUGUACCCAAAGCAGGAAGCACUGCACUCAACGCACACCCUUCUCCGACACCCUCAGCGCACCUGGGCCCUCACUUUUCAGACAUCAUCCACUGGCUGCACUUAGACACCCGGAAGCUUCCGCAGAGCCACUGGGAGCCAGCGCCACAGCGGUGCUCAAGGAGCGCUGGACAACUCGCAGUCUGACAGAGCCCAGAGAGCCCCGUGUGUGGGCUAAAGGGCUCAACCCUACACUUUUUUUGUGCACGUAUUUUCUUCAAUGACUUGGUAAAACCACUCCAAUACCAGGGUGAGUUAGCUGGAAUGCGUUCAGGUUAUAGUAACGAUUGGCUUUUGGCACUUGACGGACACACUCCAGAUUUUGUCUUUAGCCAGGUCUUGGCUCUGUGGCUGUGGUAAGAGUUGCUGGUAGAGGCGCUGCUGACCUCCCUUUUCCCCCACGCAGCACUGCCAGCCUGCAUGUCUUUGUGUGACACGCGACGCAUAGCAUGCGGGGUCCACACAGACAAGUCAAAUUCAGACUGACAGAAACCACGUUUUUCUCCCCCUGUUGUAUCGUAAGUGAAGUCCAGCGUUAUUUCAGGUGUAUUACUGUACCGCGGGCAUGUGACAGGCAUGUGAAGAUAACAGUAAAGUUAAAGUUAAAGUGCGUGCCUGACCCUUGUGUAGUCGGAGUGUGCUCGUCAGAGCAUUGUCUAAGAUGCGUUUGUUUUGAGUGGUAGUUCAGGAAUUGGGAAUGUUUCGUAGCUUGAGAACGUGGGUAUUACUGUAUUUAUUUGUAAUUAUUUGCAAUGCGAUUCAUUGUUUUCUUUUUUUAAACACUACCUUUCGUGCCACUUCACACAUUAGCGCCAUUUUGACUCAGACUGGCUCGCCUGCUUCCGCCGCAGUAAAGGGAACUGCCUGGCCAGCAUCACGGCAGGAACAGGCACUCCAGCUAGCGUAGCAUCUGCCAUUCAGCACAGUCUAUGAAAUGGGCUGUCUGCGACUCCCUAACGUUACCUGCUGGAUGUCUUGAGGCGGGCAUCCGAUUUUAUUUCAUUGUUGUCAUCGAUUCUUUUGUGUCAUUAGAGGGGCCCACUCUGCCCAGUUUUCACCCCCUGGGUGCGUAUUCCCCCUUCCUGGGGAGAUGAAUUUCACCCUCUUGACUAAAUCCGAUGCCAAGGCGGUGGGAAAUCUGAGAAGGAUGCUGCCCGCCGGCUUGUGUAGCACCGAUGCACCAAAUCGUUAUCGUCUGCAUGACACUACGAGUCCCGAGGGCACCAGAACACUCACACACGUCAGUUCACAGAAGUGUCUUAGGUUGUGGUCAUGGAACAUGCAGUACCUAAGAGUUUUGGAUUGCUUUCGUCUUUGCCGUAAGGGUACUUUUUUUUUUUUUACAAAUGCAUAGAAAAACUCCUGCAAAAAGUGCCAAGUUUAGUGCCAGAAUACAGCUUACCGGCCCCUGUUGGAACAAAGUUAUAAAGCCUGCGUCAAAAGUGUGUUCAUCAUCCUUGAAAGGAAAAGAGUCAUUUCUGGAGGACAGUGCGUAUUAGAUUGCCAUGUUCUUUAACUAAACUCUGGUGUGGCAUGCAUGUGCAACAUAUUGCAUCAUCUGAAAUGCCAGUGAGUAAUUGAGUUAUGUACCUAAACUCAAGUGUGUGUGUGUGUGUGUGUGUGUGUGUGUGUGUGUGUGUGUGCAAGAGGGAUAGAGAACAAAUGCAUGGUGGCACCAGGUGUCAUUUGCAGUUUGUUAGCCAAAAGAAGAAACGCGUGUGAACAAAGGUAUACAUUUGCUGCUCAUAGAAAAAUGAACCACUAUUGAAACUGGUGUUAGUCAAACAUAAUCAGUUUGGUCCAGCUGCAGAAUGUUUAUAGUUGGCAUCUAUACUUUUUGGGAACUAUAUCUUCCAAGUGAACCCUUGCCCAAUCUUUUAUUGACUUUGUUUUUAUGAAAAUGUGUUUGCAUUUUUAAUAUUUUCUCUCUUAACACCCCCUCCCCCAGGUUUGUCAUAGAUUCAGUACACUUCUCAUGUACUUAAUGUAGGGACACUGCCAUUUUAUGAAUACAUUUUUAAAAUGUAAAUUCACAUUUCUGAGAGUACAUGUCUUUUCUGGCCUCUCGUUCGCCUGAAGAAUUGCAGGCUACCAGUGAUUACCCAUCAUUGACGGCUGUAUAGGACAUGGUAGUUGGACACUCAUCUCUAAUGGCCUGGGCACAGCAAGCCCCAGACUGGCAAAUCGCUGGAACACACCAUAAAGAUCUAUAGGCUAUCGCUAAUGUCACUACUGCUGUUCUUACAUUAUAAACAGCUACAAUUUUGACUUGAAAAAAUAUGUAUUCUUACAUAAUUUGGCCCACCUAGUCUAUGUUCAUUCAUACUGAAUUAGCUAGGAAGGCUGGCUUGCGGUUUGUUCACUAAAGAUGAUAGGCUACCAGUUGCGACCAGUUACCAGACCUGUACUGGCUUUCCUUUAUGAUGUUGUCAUAAUAUAGCUAGUAACACAAUAGCUAGCGUUUUACCGUCUGAAAACAUGUAUUCGGGCUAACAUUUUUGCUUCAGACUCAUACAGAGCAGUACUGUUGCUAGUCACAAGCCAUAGUCAUAAUUCUAGACUGAUUUGUUUUUGAAUGCACACCAGUCCACUUCGCCAAUCAUUAUCCAUAGCACGUUUUUUUUUAGUUUUUUUUUCAAUCGCAAAAUGUAAGGAAAAUAAUCUUCCUCCGCAAACAUUGUGAAAGAUUGUGCUGUUUCAUGUCAGGCAUGUGGGCUAUUAUUUAAGGACGUGGCCAGCCCUGCUGCCACUGGAUUGUAUUUCAAACAAAGGAUUCAUUGCCUCAUGCUUGUGAAGAGGUUAUGCCUAAAACCGAGAGCACCAAUAAACAGCAACUAAUAAAUUACAAUUGGCCUAUAGCCUACACAUAUGUCUACUGUAAGCUUAGUGUUAAAAUGCAGUAUUUUACAGUAUGUUAGUGUUAAAAUUCAGUAAAAUGGAGUCAUUUUGUGGAAUUUGUUUGCCAACUAAAGGAAAAAAGCUGUUAGAAACUAACAUUUGACCCACAUUGUCUUUGUUUGUUGUGCUGGCUUGAAUUUUGGCCUAAUGCAGUCUAACCACAAUGCGCUUGGUCCUUAACUCAGUGAAUUUAAGCAAAUGUGACUAUGUUCCUUCGCACAUUAUUCUUUGUUGAUUUUAUGGCCUUCAAAAUGUUUCCAUAUCUUCCAGACUAUAUGUAAUGUAAAGCCUACUUGGUUUGUGAAUUUAAGGGCCAAGUGCCUUGUGAUAGAUUGUCUUAAUUCACCCAAAUCAUUUCUCUGUUCAUCUUUUUUCUGAUGUUUCUUUAGGUUUCAAUCGUAAUGCUGCUAUCUUUAAAAAAGUCAGUUAACAUAAGUUGCACAUUUAUGGAUAUGGAUUAUUUCUGAAAUGUUGUGUUACUGUGCAGUAGAUGGAUAUCAUACAGGCACUUCAGUUCUCCUUGCUUGUUGUUAUUAUAUGAGGGUUUAUCAUUUCUUGAAUGUACCUUGCAUUUGUGUGGAUAGUGAGGGUGUUUAUACAGUAAUAGAGCUAUGAUAGAACCAGAAGUAUUUUGAAAAGAGGGAUUUGCUGCACCUAUAGCAGGUGGUUUCACUGUAAAUAACUGCAUGUUUUAAUAUGUCAAGGCAAGGGGGUAACAUUUGGUUAGCCUUAACGCCAGCAUGUCUGUGGUUUGUGAUAGUUUGGGAGAGUUUCUGUGAUCCUUGUCUCUGUCAGGGCAGGGACUCGACGGAAAUAUAUUUAAAAGGAAAAAAAAAAGGAUAGCACCUCAGAUUCAGUAUAUUAUAGUUCAAAGGUUCAAUCGUUCUGUGUUGAACGUGUCGUUAUUGUCACAUGUUUAUAUGUAUUCCACCUUUCAGUGUAUGUGUAUGUUUUGAUAGCUGUGCUUGCUCAGCUAUCUAGUUUUUUUCUGGGCCUAGGAGAGAGAAUCACUCAUUGUAUCCACUCUUUGUUUUUAUUUUAAGUUUUAUUCUAUGUAUUUAUUUAUUAGAGGUUCUUUCUUUGCGGGGGCAGGACGAUUAGCCUAUUAACCAGGUGACGGCGUGUGAUAGGCUGCCAGUGCCAUGGCAUUCUUUUUAGCGGGAACGAAAGCAAAAAGAUGAGAGAAAAAGUCCACUGAAAGUCCACCAUGACCACAGGAAGAGUUCUGCCAUCGUGCCUUCCUGUGGGAAACCUGGCGCACGCUCACACUCCUAUCACUGCCGAGGCAAUGCAAAGCAGACUCGUUCUAUACGGAUUCCAAAACACUCAUCCCCUCUGUCUUUCAACCCACCACCUUCUUUCUCUUUUUUAACUCAAAACGGGCAGCUUUACCCUCGUGUCGAAGUCUGGAGCUCGAUUCGAGUGGGAUUUUGAUCAAAGUCCGUUUGACGGUCGCAUCAAUCUCUAUUCAUUUUGGUCGUUUUUUUUUCCUCCUCUUUUUCCACGCUCCGACUCCCUUGGCAAAACCAUCCAAACCAAUCCGAGUGUCAUCAGCCUUUAGAGAAAGAGUGCUUUGAGUGGAGGGUAAUGCUGUGGCAUGAAUUGCUUUGUGUUGCCGAAUUCUUCAUAGAGGGCCUGUGUUCACUUUUUGUAGUUAGCUUAUAUUAUAGGAGUGGAUGGGGAGGUCUAAUGGUUUGACUGCAUGAUUUGAAAAGUGUUUUCAGCCUAUGUGGAGUGGUGUUUGAACACAGAUCUGUAACCACAUGUAAUGUCUAGUGAUUAUGUUUACUGUACAUUAGUGUGUCCCUGUCCCUUACAGUGCUAUGUCAAUUAAUUAUAAUGUUAGCUACUGUUCAUUUCCAUUCAUUCAUUUAAAGGCAUAGUAUGCAGGAUUUUUACAUUGAAAAUAUGAAAUAACUGAACAAAGACAUGUCUUUGAUGUACUUGCUAUCUCUGUCUUUAAGGACCCUUACCAAACUGACAGUGAGACUUGUUCUAAAACCAGAGUCAAACUUUUUUCCUUGCUUUUCCUCGCUGGCGAUAGCAAUCGAAAAACAGAAAAAUAAAGACAAAAAUGGUAAAACCGAUUGUAAAUAACUGGGCUGAUUUGGUGGGGUUGAGGAGGAAACGUCUUUGUAAAUAUUGCAUAGUAUGCUUUUAAAAGAACCAUUGAUCAUAUUCCUCAAAGAAAAAACAGUGCCUUGUUGAACAAAUGCCAAUGUACAAUGCACCGAAGAGAAGCAAGGCUGAAGAGGAAAAUAAGGUGCAGCAAAAUGUGGAAAAUUUGAGUGUUCACCCGGCACGCAGGACAGGUUUACAGCUGCUAUUGCCCUGCGUCUCAGCAACUACCACCGCAGUGUCAUCGCCCGCCUCCACUGCCCCCGAUGUAGGCAGGAGAAAGGGUGUGGGGCCAUCUCUCACACUGGCCCCAGAGGAGACCAAGCCCUACAAGGGCAUACACCCCAGUGAAUCAGAGCAGGGGCCUUUCCACCUCAAACGUCUGUCUGUCUAUCUGAACAUGGUGACGGAGCCUGCACUCGUUACGGUUUCACUGUUCCACAGAACACAUUGUAAACUUUCAUCGUUAUGUAAAGAUUUUGAAAUUUUGCUUUUUUGUAAGUGUUUUCUAUUUAUUUUAAAGUUUGUCUUUUUUUCUUUUUUUUUUAAAGGGACAUUUGUGUGAUUUUUACCGUAUUGAUAUAAGUUCAAUAAAAAUGUUUGGCUGGUUUGUCUCCUUUGGUGGCGUGAUCCUGGCUACCGGUGACUGCUCUCUCAAA